AUGGCCGAUCUUGUUAUUGAGCGCCCUUUGGGCAAUAACGAGAACUUCUUCCGCUGCAGAAAUGCUGUGGGGUUUUACCAGAACUUUGCCGCCAUAGGCACCUAUUCCGUGGAUCUAUCUAAGCAGGACAAGCUCGUCUACGCCGCAUUGAGGAAGCUGAUCUUGGACUACCACAUACUCAUUUGCAACGUGUUCAGGGACGAGGAGAAGCAGAAUUCGAUCUUCAGGCCGAUAAAGAAUGCCAAAUUCGGUGAUAUCUAUAAGAAGGAAGACGGCUCUGUUGGAGGAAAGGAGUGGCAUGAGGCGUUCAUCCGUCGUCUAUGCUGCGAUAAGCUUUGCAGUCUAUACGAGGAGCUGCCCCUUUUCUGCCUCAUUCUAGUUGGCCAAAGCACACUCGGUGCUGCUUUCGAGCACACACCAUCUGACGGCGUUGUUGCACCGCAAUUUCAUGCUAUCUUCUUGGACAAUUUGGCUUACUGUGCUGAUCCUGCAAACCACGGUGAAUUCGAGGAAAGCUAUGGCACGAUUCCCGAGCUAAUCACUCCCGACACCGUAAUUUUUGACUCUGCUGUUGAUUUGCAGUACAUCAGAAACUCCUUGCCGCCACCUGUGGAAAUGAUCAUGGAAGCAAAGCAUCUAGACUACACGCACGGCGACGCAAAUCACUACUCAACUACUCCACCAGUGGGAUUUCCUGACAAAUGA